AUGUCCUCCAGCACAAUCGCUCGUUGGAACGCAAUUCCCCUUGAACGUCCCAGGGAUGCAGACUCAGGAUCUACCAGUCUGAAGCGCGGAAGGCCCGAGGACGAUGGGGCUCCCGAUGCCGAUGACGACGACGACGACGUCUCACUUGUCUCUCGCUCGCCGUCACCUGUCCCUCAAGAUGCUAUGGACGUGGAUGAUUCCCAUCUCCAUAAAUAUGACGAAUACAUCCGAGGUCCGGCUCGGGAAGUCAUCACUGUUGAGACAAAGAUUAAGCCCACCAACAAAGGGUUCGCUUUGCUCUCGAAAUUCGGCUGGGUCGAAGGCCAGCCAGUAGGCUUAUCUGGCGAAGGGCGAACGGAGCCUAUUCCAUUCCAUAUCAAGUCUGAUUUGACAGGACUUGGGAAAACAAGCCAGGAUGUUCGGAUGAUUGAAGAAACUGUUUCGCAAAGGCGAGAACUCGAUUCAGAACGCCAGCAGAAAGAAAGUGAAGAACAACGUAAACUUCGAGAGGACUCGGUUGCCCGCAAGACUGCACUAGAAUCCGAAAUUUCGUCGACCCUGCGGCCAUUCUAUUGCACUCUAUGCGACAAGCAAUUCAAAAAUGUCGCUCAGUACGACGAACACACCAACUCAUACGCGCACCACCAUAAAGCCCGCUUUAAAGACAUGCAAGCUAGCGCCCGCCUUAAACCCAAAGAGGAAGUCGACAAACGUAAAGAAAAAGAACGUAAGCGAGAGGAAAAGGAACUUCGCAAAAUAGCCGCCGCAAAUGGAAUCAAGAUGCCCAAGCCAGCAGCAACACCAGCCGCCAUGGCGCUGGUAGCGCAACCCAGUCCAUCAGCUGGUCCCAAUGCAACCGCGAACAACAUGGAUAUCGAUGGCAUUCCCAUAUCCACCGACUCAAAACGGUCUAAUUGGGCAUCGUUUUCAGGCGACAGCCAUCAGGGUAGUUCCCAGGGCAGCGCUGGCGGCUCCAAUGGUGGUUUCAGCAAGUCGGGGUGGGCAACUGUCGGAGGCCCCUCUUCAAACUCCAGUACCGCUGCUUCUAGCCGAUUUGGUCCGCCCACGGAGUCGCAUUUGUUUGGAUUGUCAGUUUCUCAACCGGCGGGCGAACAAACGAGCACUCGAUCAGGCCAUAACCCCACUUUUCGAAACGCCGGCUGGACAUCCCUGGAUACAGGUAACUCGCAGUCUCAGCCUCCCCGUCCUCCUCCUCCUCCAGCGCCCACAAGCAACUGGCAUCCACAGGAUCACGCGCCUCCACCACCCCCUCCGCCUGCGGAAGCCCCGCCACCGCCGCCUGAACUAGGACAACCUACAGGCUUCAGCUCCUCGUCGUCCGCGCAACAGUGGCAGAAGAGUUCAUUCGCGCCGGUAUCAUCGUCGACGUAUGCCCCUCCGCCUCCGCCUCAACCUCCUGCUCCUCCAAAUUCAUUCGCAUCGCCGCCACCCCCUCCCCCUCCAUCUGCGUCUUCAGCGCCGCCGCCGCCACCUCCUCCGUCACACUCUGUACCUCCUGCCGCGCCUUCCGAACCUAAACCCGUCCGCUCAAGCUGGCAACAGUUCCAAAAAGGUAGACGAAAGUAA